UUUCUGGCAUUCGACCGAGUAUUCAAUGGCGGGCAGCAUUAAUCAUAUCCGAAAUGUCGCAAUCGUCGGUGCUGGCGGAAACAGCGGCCAAUUCAUGACAGAAGAAUUGCUAAAGACAGGCAAACACACCGUCACAGCACUCACUCGCCCCGAAAGCAAAACGCAGCUUCCUGAGGGCGUGACGGCCAAACACAUUGACUACGACCACCCGAAGACUAUCGUCGAUGCGCUCCGCGGCCAGGACGCUCUUGUUAUUACGCUGAGCGCUUUUGCACCUCACCGCGCCGAGGAGAAGCUCAUCCGAGCUGCGGCUGAGGCAGAGGUCUCGUGGAUUCUUCCGAAUGAGUGGUCACCAGACAGCGCCAAUGAAGCGCUUGUGAAAGAUGUUUUCGUAUUCCAAUCCAAAGUUGCCACUCGCAAACUCAUCACUGAACUGGGGAAGAGCAGCUUCAUCAGUGUAUCAACCGGCUUCUGGUACGAAUGGAGUCUCGCCAUAGGCGCUGCUUUCGGAAUCGAUUUCCAAAAACGUCAAGUCACAUUCUUCGAUGAUGGCAACACCAGAAUCUCGAUCAGCACCUGGGCUCAGGUGGGAAGAUGCGUCGCCGGCUUGCUCAGUCUCCCAGUCGAGUCUGAAGGUUCUGGCAAAGCGAGUCUGAAAAACUACGCGAAUCAGGUCGUGUAUACGAACUCAUUCACGGUUUCCCAGAAGGAAAUGUUUGACUCUGUGCUGAGGGUCACUGGUACGCAACAGUCGGAUUGGACUAUCGAAAGCGAGCUGAGUGAGAAGCGCUACAAAGAUGGUGUCGAACAGAUGAAAUCAGGUGAUCGAAUGGGCUUCGCGAAGAUGAUGUACACCCGAGUUUUCUUCAAGGAUGGGGCGGGUGAUAUAGAGACUAGUAGAGGUACUGUCAACGCUGCGCUCAGUCUACCUAAGGAGAGUCUUGACGAAGCCACGAAGCGCGCAGAGGAAAGGUCUAAAAUAGAUCCGUGGGGUUAG